CACAGGUCACACCCGCCAUGCUGUGAGCCUCAGCGACAAACUUGACAAGCUCCGGCAACCACGGUCAACUAUUUUAACGACCCAGACAAAGAGGAUAUUUUUUACCAAAUCUGUGAUGUAAACCAUCUCACCCUUCACUCCCCUGUUUCAAGCUACUGUGCAAGACAGAAAAGGCCGUUUUCAUGAAUCAAUAUUCGCUAGCUGAAGCCAUGACAGACAACUUGAGAAUUGUGUAAUUCUCUCAAAGAAGGAGCCUCUCGUCUAGUAGAGCCGACUCGUUGAGGAGCCACAGAGGAAACUUCACGGUUCCGAAGCUGCUCCCGGAAUCCAACAUGGUGUUCGGAGUUCUAGGUGUGUUCUUGGGUCUACUCCUUGAGGUUUCUACACACGGACCCCACAGCAUUCCCCGGACCUCUUGGAAACACGAAGAGCUCAAGUUGGUGGAGUUCUCUGAGCCCGGCAUCUUCAACUAUUCCACUCUGUUGUUGAGUGAGGAUAAGGAUGUGCUGUACGUGGGAGCGAGGGAGGCCAUCUUUGAACUCCGCAUGACCAAUGUGUCAAUCAAGAACAACAAGGUUCAAUGGAAGGUCCCUGAAAACCACAUGUCGAUGUGCAUCGUAAAAGGAAAAUCUAAAGAGACAGACUGUCUAAACUACAUCCGGGUGUUACAAGUGUUGGACGACAAGCGACUGUAUGUCUGUGGGACACAUGCCUUUCAGCCUGUCUGUCACUACCUGUCCCUAAAGGAUUUCAGUCUGGAGGGUCCAGCGGAGGACGGGAGAGGGAAGUGUUCCUUUGACCCAUCUCAGAGCUUCACAACGGUCAUGGUUGAUGGAGAACUUUACUCUGGAACAUCGUAUAACUUCUUAGGAAGUGAGCCGAUCAUCUCCAGAUAUUCUCUUUCACAGAGUCUGUUGCGGACAGAGUAUUCAACGUCUUGGCUGAACGAACCCAGUUUUGUUUUUGCUGAUGUCAUCAGAGAGGGGAAGAACAGUGCAGAUGGCGAGGACGAUAAGAUCUACUACUUCUUCACUGAGGUGUCUGUGGAGUACGAGUUCUUUGGCAAGCUGCUCAUCCCCAGGAUAGCACGCGUCUGUAAGGGGGAUCUGGGGGGCCAGCGGACGUUACAGAAGAAAUGGACCAGUUUCCUGAAGGCCAAGCUGGUGUGUUCCAUGCCAGAGCUCAACUUUGUGUUCAACGUGGUUAAUGACGUGUUCAUACUGAAGACUGCUGACUGGAGAGAGACUGUCAUCUACGGAGUGUUCACAUCCCAGUGGGGAAACGUAGGGCUGUCUGCAGUGUGUGCCUAUGACAUGUUGUCAGUAGAAAAUGUAUUCUCCAAGGGGAAGUACAUGCAGAAAGCCACAGUGGAACAGUCUCACACCAAGUGGGUGAGGUACAACGGGAUCACUCCCACCCCUCGCCCAGGAGCUUGCAUCAACAACCACCACCGUCUCCAGAACAUCAGCAGCUCUCUCCACCUGCCUGACAAGACCCUGCAGUUUGUUAAGGACCAUCCCUUACUGGAAGACCCCGUCCUUCCCAUCGGCAACGGGCCCAAACUCAUCACCAAGGACGUCAGCUACACCCAGAUCGCUGUGGAGAGGGUGCAGGCGCUGGACAAGAACGUAUAUGACGUCAUAUUCACUGGGACCGAUAAAGGAAUCCUGCACAAAUCGGUGGUGUAUGAUGGGCUGGUCCAUACAGUGGAAGAGAUUCAGCUUCUCCACAAGUCUGAGCCUAUCAAAACCUUGCUUCUGUCAUCACAAGGGACGAGGUCCCUGUACGCUGGCUCGGACUCGGGCGUGGUGCAGUCUCCUACUGCGUUCUGUGACAAGUACCCAUCCUGUUCAGACUGUAUCUUGACCCGGGACCCUUACUGUGCCUGGGACCCAGACUCUUCCACCUGUGUCAACAUCUUCCACACCCAGGGCCUCACACACCGGAACUUGAUCCAGAGCCUUAAUGGGGAUGCAGACAAGUGUCCCUCAGUGCCAGGGCUCUCCGUGGAGAACUACCAGCGUGUGACAGUUAAACCAGGGAGUUCAGCUGAGCUGCCAUGCCUGGUUCAGUCCAACCUGGCCGUGGUGGUCUGGAAGCAGAACAGCAGCACCAUGACCGAGGCCUCCAAGUUCCACCUGAUGGGUGAGACAGGUCUGCUCAUUUACAGCGUGGCCCCAGAGGACCACGGCCUAUACGAGUGCUGGUCACUGGAGUGGGCCCCUGUUGCAGGGAAGAACUUCAGCCGCCUCCUGGCUGGGUAUGUCCUAGACGUGGAUGUCCCCAGGAGGCCUUCACCGCGAGGCCACCCCCCUCAGACCGCCAGCACCCUCGGCUCCGCUCACCCCCACCACCAGUCCACCGCUGCCACUGAAGGUAAUAACGGUAACACCGUGAGACCCCUCCCACUAACUUCAGCCCCUCCCAGCUCCACCGCCCUCACCUCACCACCACCCACUCACAGCGCCUCGUCAUCACUAACCACACCCCCCAGCAGCAGCAGCACCGCCAGGCUCCUUCCCCCCAGCUCCAGCGCUGUCCCGCUCCCAGAGAUCCGGGACCCUGCGACAGAGUACCUCCAACACGACAACAGCAGUACUUUCUUCUUCCUCUUCCUCCUGUUCUUCCUCCUCUUCCUGGCUGCCCUGGUCUACAACUGUUACAUGCAGUACCUACCAGGGCCGUGUCUUCGUCUUCGUGCGGCUCUGCUGGGAAGCCAGAAGAAGCCCCAGUCCGAGUAUUUAGCCUGCGAGGCCGGCCUCAUGGAGCCUGUCACAGUAGACAAGCUGGACGUAAAGGAUCAGAUCCGCCUCACUCAGAAUGGGGUACAGCUCCGAGCCCUGAGAGACACCGGCUAUGAGACCGAGCCAGAGUGUAGCAACGGCAAGAUCCCCUCUCGCAGCUACGGGGGAGAGGACAGUCCUUCUAAAGAGAAGCCCUUUGACGUGGACUGUGACUCACAGCCUAUUGAAUAUGCAGACGCAGAUCAAGAAGCAUCACCGUACUAAAACAUGCACAUCUCGGCUUCUCUUUUUACUAGUGCAAGAAUAUUAAGGCUUGUUAUUUAUAGGGUUCUUCUCCCUUGCUGGCUCUCUCCACAUAGUGGGCCUAUACAUACAAACCUGUGUGUUAUACAUAAGCUCAGUGGCCACCUCUCUUUCAGAAGGACAGACUGAGGCAGAUUACUUCAGUUAUUAGGAGGUCAAGUCACACAUCCCGCUUGCCUUCAGAGAUUCUCUUACUCACUCUGGCUACCCCAAGAUCAAUAAAAUGUAGGACCUACUAACUAAAUAUUAAAAUCAUAGCCUAAUCUCUGUGCAAACCUGUAACCAUCUUGCUCUGCAUUUUUCCAGUAAGAAACGCUGAUUUUUAUUCCAAAUUGGAAACAUUGUUUACCAAAUUGGUAAGUUAACUUGUUUUCCAAAUUGGAGCCUUUUUUGUUAUUUUUUUGUACAAUGCGGGGAGCUUCUUCUUUUAACGGUGUUAAAACAUAACAUGGGAACUUCUUCUAAGGCUGUUAAAACAUAACUUGUUUGUUGUAUUUUUCUGAAUAUUCAGUGAAUAAGGCUAUUUGACAUAGUAGGUCAGCUGCUUUCCAUCUCAACUUAUAGGACGAGCUCCUAUAGAACCUCUAGGACGAUCUCCUCUAGAACCUAUAGUACCAUCUAAUCUAGAAUCUCUAGGAAGAUCUCCUCUAGAACCUCUAGGACGAUCUGUAAAUUCUCAGGGAUGGUUUGUUAGUUCGCUCUAUGCCUUGUUCUCUGGUGGUGGUUAGAAAAAGCUAUGUCAAUAAACAGACAACCACUGGUGGCCAGUGACUGACUGAUGGAAAAGGUGUGGUGAGAUCUAUAGAUAUUUAUACAAUGGGUGGGUCUAAUCCUGGACGCUGACUGAUUAAAACCGCAUUCCAACCGGUGUCUAUUCCACAAGUUACCACCGGCUAAAGCUGUAACGUUGAAAUGCCUAUUUACUCUGUUCCAUCUGACUGCUCAAUCCACUGUUUCAUCAGCCCAGACACUAUAAAAAGCAUCUUGACAUUAUCUACCAUUUCUUUAAGACUAGCAAUUGGUUUUCAGUAGUUUCUCUCUCUCUGACAUUUGCAACACUGUUUCAGUAUUGAAAUUCGAUCUUCAGCUGUCCCAUAGUAAUGAAUGUGUCGGGAUGAGACAGGCAGGCAGCUUUUCUCAGCCAGUCAAAAUCAUUAAUCAGCGUAAUUUUUAUGGAUGUAUACAAAGAAAUGUAAAAAGAAAACAGGUAGAACUAAAUGAAGUGCAGCUAGUUUGCAGUCUUUCCAGCUUCAGUUUGAAGUGAUUGUGUUAGCUGUGUUGUUGACUAGCUCCUCUG